GAUUGGUUUGAUGUUACCUUAAAUUGGAAUAAAAAUUAUUUAACAUUUUAAUUUGGGGUACUUUGAGCACAAAAACGGUUAAUGGGUCCCGCACUUGCCGUUGAUCCUUCUUCAUGCUCUUCUUUGCAAAAUUUCCAAUUCCAACAUUACCAUGAACAAAUCUUCACAUUGAUAACCUAAAACAACCCUAAUUCUCAUCCUCAUCCCCUUUUCUACGUGAAAUCUCACCCUACCCUACCCUUGUUUUUUUUUCCCCCUCCUCAUUAUCUGUUAUGCAUGAAAUUCUGACGUCAUUUUAUUUCCACUCGAUCCAUUGAAACGCAAGAAAGUUCGGAUAUUCCAAGGUUUAUGUGCUGAAAAUCAGAAUAUUUGAAGGAUUCAUUGAAAAGAGGUGUAUUACAGCAUUUGAUUUAGAGGGUGGUGGCAAUGUCUAAUUUAUAUGGGGAUUUUAAUCAGAAGAUUGAUUAUGUAUUUAAGAUUGUAUUGAUUGGAGAUUCGGCAGUGGGGAAAUCCCAAUUGCUGGCUAGGUUUGCAAGGAAUGAAUUCAAUUUGGAAUCGAAGGCUACCAUUGGGGUUGAAUUCCAGACAAAGACUCUUGCUAUUGAUAACAAAACGGUCAAGGCCCAGAUUUGGGACACGGCAGGCCAAGAGAGGUACAGAGCAGUAACAAGUGCCUAUUACCGAGGUGCAGUCGGUGCAAUGUUGGUCUAUGACAUGACAAAACGCCAAUCCUUUGACCACAUGGCUAGGUGGCUUGAGGAACUCAGGGGACAUGCUGAUAAGAACAUUGUUGUAAUGCUGAUUGGCAACAAGUGCGAUUUAGGAACACUUCGAGCAGUUCCGACAGAAGAUGCCCAAGAGUUCGCUGAAAGAGAGAAUUUAUACUUUAUGGAGACCUCAGCACUCGAGAAGACUAAUGUUGAAAGCGCAUUUAUGACCAUUCUGACAGAAAUAUACCAGAUCAUAAACAAGAACUCCCUCACUGCCGGCGAUGGAUUGGAUUUUGUGAAGUCCGCAUCUCUGAAGGGUACUAGAAUCAUUGUCCCUGGUCAAGAUUCUGAUCAUAAUGCAAGAAAAUCUGGCUGCUGCAUGACCUCGUGAUUUUCUUUCUCGAUGGUGACUGUCGAGUUAUUUCCUUGCACCCCUCCUUUUUUAAUUCUUCACUCUAUUAAGAAAUACAACGUUUGUUUAGAAUAACCUUGCUUUGUUGUAUGACGGUUUGUAUAAAAAGAGUACUAUUAUUACAUUUUAGAAUGAAAUGAAUACAAGUAAAUUGUCAUGCUCAGCAUA